UUGACUGAUCCAGCACUCACUGGAUGUGCUUGAGGGGAGAACAGCCUUCAAACAUAGAUGUGCAUCACAGUAACCCGCACCUUUAAUUUCAUUUAGUAAAAUAAAAAGUCGAGUUUUGUAGAUGCAAAUGUGAACGUGGUUUUUACUCUGAUUUCACUUUUUUUGUGUGACAUCGCGCUCAUACUGAGUCAAAUCUACACCCGCUGAGAUUUUGCCCAUCUUAUCCAGUGGGGACACGGACAAGGACAUGCUCAACAGUUUUUAACAAAAGACGGCUCAAUACUCAUUAACAAAGUUUCCAAGAAAUUUAGCUACAUGCGCGCCAGGAAAGGGAAAUAUUUCCUCUUUGCGAAUCCCGUUUCCUCAGAAAGAGGGGAGCUCGAGGAAUCAUGCUGGUUUCUGUGGAGAGGGUCUAAAGUUUCGCUCCUGUAAGUUGGAUGAGUCGGUUUGAGCUGUAAAAUUAAACGUGUUUUCUCUGAGAAAACAGGAGUUUUGUUGCAGCAUUCAAGAGACACGGAUUUGAAUUUUUGGAGGAAGGCUAGGAUUGCAGAGGGAUUAUGACGCCAAAUGACGACCUGAUCUGUGAGUCUUAGUCCUUCCCAUCCAUUUUGAGAAUGGAAGUGUUCCAGAUCGGGCCGCUGAGGCUCGCUCUUCUAGUUCUGCUGAGCGGUGUGUCAUUUGGAGUGGUUGAACUGGAGCCCCUCGCUCAAAACCAGCCUCAGUCUCUCAGUCCCCAUCCGCCUCAACAGAACAUCACCCUGGCAGUCAUCCUUCCUCUACACAACACUGAGUACCCCUGGGCAUGGCCCCGGGUCGGCCCUGCUUUACACUGGGCCCUGGACAAGGUGAACUCUGACCCCAACCUGCUGCCAGGCUACCAUCUACAACUGGUCUUCAACAGCAGCGAAAACAAGGAAGGAGUUUGUUCGGAUUCAGUGGCUCCUCUCGUGGCCGUGGACCUGAAGUUCUCAUAUAACCCCUGGGCUUUCAUCGGGCCGGGAUGUGACUACUCGUCCUCACCUGUGGCCCGUUUCACCACACAUUGGGAGGUUCCGAUGAUCACAGGUGGGGCGAGAGCACUGGGUUUCAAUUUGUACUCGUCCAUCACCAACAUCGGCCCAACGCACAAAAAGCUGGGCGAGUUUGUGGUCAGGAUGCACCGGCAUUUCGGGUGGCACAAACAUGCCCUGCUUGUGUUUAGCGAUAAUAAGAACGACGACCGGCCGUGCUACUUUGCAGUGGAGGGGCCGUACACACAGAUGCGCGAGGACAAUAUCACGGCAGAUGACAUAGUGUUUAAUGAGGAUGAUGAACCCGUCCGUUAUGAGGUGCUUCUCCGGGACAUCAGCCAGAAAGCCCGUGUGGUGUAUGUCUGCUGCAAGUGGGACACGUUUCGCAAGCUGAUGGUGGAGUUCUUGAGGUUGGGUUUUCCUCAGGAGGAGUACGCCUUCUUCUUCAUUGAUCUCUUCGGAUACAGCCUGCAGAGCCACCCUGCUAAACCAUGGGCACGUGGAGAUGCUGAUGACAAUGCGGCCAAGAAGGCAUUUCAAAGCGUGAAGAUCCUGACCUACAGAGAGCCCCAAAACCCCGAGUACAAGGACUUUGUGUCCAAACUGAAGACAGAUGCCAUGGACAUGUUUAACUUCAGUGUGGAAGAUUCUCCGAUGAAUCUGAUUUCUGGCUCAUUCCACGAUGGAGUCAUGCUGUAUUCUCAUGCCCUAAAUGAGACUCUGGAUCGGUCGGGUGCAAGGCCCCCAGGGGACGUUAUCAAUAAGAGGAUGUGGAAUCGCACAUACCAUGGGGUUACCGGACUCGUUCAGCUGGAUGAGAAUGGCGAUCGGGAGAUUGACUUUGCUCUAUGGGACAUGACCGACACGAAUACUGGAGUUUAUCAGAUUGUGUCCGUGUAUAAUGGCAGUCAGAAGCGGAUGAUUCCAGAGCCAGGAAUGAAGGUGUACUGGCUGAAGGGAAAUCCGCCUCCAGAUAGCCCACUGUGUGGCUUCAAAAACGACAACCCUGCCUGCUUGGCAAAGACGGUCACCAUGCACCAGAUGAUCUCCAUCGUGGUGUGCUUCAUAUUUAUCAUCAUCGUAACGGUCACAGUCUUCAUAUACAGGAAGCUGAAGCUGGAGAAUGAGUUGAACGCUCAGCUGUGGCGUGUGCAAUGGGAGGACAUCCAGAUGAGUAACAUGGAGAAGGUGCUGCGCAGAGCCUGCAGCAGACUCACCAUGUCAUUGAGAGGCUCUAACUAUGGCUCACUGCUGACUAUGGACGGAAACUUCCAGAUCUAUGCCAAGACCGGCUAUUACAAGGGAAACAUAUCAGCCAUUAAGUAUGUCAACAAGAAACGCAUCGAGCUCACCAGGAAAGUGCUGUUUGAACUCAAGCAUAUGCGUGAUGUACAGAAUGAACACCUGACGCGCUUUAUCGGCGCUUGUAUCGGCCCACCCAACACCUGCAUCCUUACUGAGUACUGCCCUCGAGGGAGCUUACAGGACCUCAUGGAGAGUGAAGGAAUCACGCUGGACUGGAUGUUUCGCUAUUCUCUGAUCAAUGACAUUGUUAAGGGAAUGGCGUUCCUCCACAACAGCGUCAUUGUCUCCCACGGCAAUCUGAAGUCUUCCAACUGUGUGGUGGACAGUCGCUUCGUGCUGAAGAUCACAGAUUACGGCCUGGAAAGUUUCCGCAAGGAGAACAGCCUGGAGGAUGUGCAUGCUUUCUAUGCACGCAAGCUGUGGACGGCCCCCGAGCUUCUGCGUGCCGACAACCCACCUGCAUGUGGGACACAGAAGGGUGACGUCUACAGCUUUGGCAUCAUCCUGCAGGAACUCGCCCUGCUGAAGGGCGUAUUCUACCUGGAAGGCCCUUGUCUCAGCCCUAAAGUGAUCAUAGAGCGUGUGGCAGAGGGCCGCUGGCCGUACCUGCGUCCGCUGCUGUGUCCUCAGAGCCACAGUGAUGAGUUGGGACAGCUGAUGCAGCGCUGCUGGUCAGAAGACGUCAACGAGAGGCCCGACUUCAACCAGAUUAAAGUACUGCUCCGCAAGAAUAACCGGGGAUAUGGUUCCAACAUCCUGGAUAACCUGCUGUCCCGUAUGGAGCAGUAUGCCAAUAACCUGGAGGAGCUGGUGGAGGAGAGGACGCAGGCGUACCAUGAGGAGAAGCGUAAAGCUGAAGCUCUGCUCUAUCAGAUCCUCCCACACUCAGUGGCUGAGCAGCUGAAGCGAGGUGAGAUGGUGCAGGCAGAAGCCUUUGACUCAGUCACCAUCUACUUCAGUGACAUUGUGGGCUUCACUGCAUUAUCAGCUGAAAGCACACCCAUGCAGGUGGUGACGCUGCUGAAUGAUCUCUACACUUGCUUUGAUGCAAUCAUCGACAAUUUUGACGUGUACAAGGUGGAGACCAUCGGUGAUGCCUACAUGGUGGUGUCAGGCCUUCCUGUGAGGAAUGGGAAACUCCAUGCACGCGAGAUUGCCCGCAUGUCUCUGGCUCUGCUGGAGGCUGUUCACUCCUUUCAAAUCCGCCACCGACCCGACCAGCAGCUCCGGCUACGCAUCGGCAUCCACAGCGGCCCCGUGUGUGCAGGGGUGGUUGGUUUGAAAAUGCCUCGGUAUUGUUUGUUUGGCGAUACCGUCAACACAGCUUCACGCAUGGAAUCCAAUGGAGAAGCCCUGAAGAUCCAUGUUUCAGAGGCCACACGGGCCGUCCUGCAGGAAUUCAACUGCUUCCAGCUGGAGCUCAGGGGAGAUGUGGAGAUGAAGGGGAAGGGACGGAUGAGGACGUACUGGCUGCUAGGAGAGAUCAGCUCCAAUAAUGCCUAAAAACUGACAGACAGAGAGAAAGAGCAAUGCACCAGAGAGGAGAGAACAAAACAAACGCAUCUAUAACAAGCACCGGGAUGAAAGACGGUUUCCUCAGAAAAAGACUUAGAAAGUAAUGUUUCAAAACUGGGUCUUGUUUAUCUUUCAUUUCCCAAACGCUUCAUGUUAUUGCUUCAUGGGAACCUAGCUGUGACUUUUUUCGCCAAGUAAACUCAUGAAAGAUGACAACACACAAUCAGAUCGGUGUGAACGGAUCGAGUGUUUACGGGUCUCGUAGGAGUUUUGAAUUUUGUUUUGUCGUGAUAGGUCUUCGUCCAGAUCCUCAUGUUCAUGUUAUUGGUCACACAGAGACACAGUGCUGUAGUCACUCUAGAUUUUUAACCAUCCGAAAUGUUCUCGAUUCCUCCUCUGGGAUGCAGGUCAGUUCAGAUCUCUUCUAUCUGCCAAAACUGAUCCAGUCAGCAGAGAAAAGUUAUGCACAGAAGAUAAAUAAUAAUAAAUGUCUAGUUUGGUUAAGAAAGCAAAGAAAUGUGCAAUGAUGGAUUUGGUUCUCAGAUCUCAAGAGCAUUUCCCUACAUAUGUUGCAAUAGUGUUUCAGAGAAACCAGUACAGGGUUGUUCUUGUCUUCAUUUGAUAGCAGGAUUUACUUUCCCCUUAAUGUCAUCAAGAAACACCAACACUUUCAACUUCCAGAAUGUGAGAUAUUUCCAAAUGGAACUUAAUUUAAUAUCUGGAUUUUGAGAUUCCAGUCGGAUCCAUUCAUGUGCUUGGAUUAAAAAAAAAAAAUUGGGGUCUUUUUAUUUUUAUUUUUCCAAGAAAUGAAUACUGUUAUUCGGCAAGGAUGCAUUCAAUUGAUCAAAAGUGACAGUAAAAACAUUUUUUAAUGUUACAGAAUAUUUAUAUUUCAAAUAAAUGCUGUUCUUUUUAAUUUUCUUUUCAACAACGAACCUUGUGUCACAGUUUCCGUCAAAAUAUUUAGCAGCAUGAUGGUUUUCAACAUUGAUAUUAAUAAGAAAUGUUUCUUGAAAUCAGUAAAUCUGACACUGAAGACUGGAGUAAUGUUGCUGAAAAUUCAGCUUUGAUCACAAGAAUAAAUUCCAUUUUAAAACAUAUUCAAAUAGAAAAGAGUUAUUUUUAAUUGUAAUAAUAUUUUACAAUAUUACAGUAUACUGUAUUUUGAUCAAACAAAUGCAGCCAUGCUGCGCACAAGACUUGAAAACAUCUUAUCAACCCCAAACCUUUGACCAGUACUAGACUGUUUUAAAAAAAUCCCUCUAUAUCAUCAUUUCUAUACUCUUUUGCAAAAAAAUCGAAGAACAAAAUAAGUAUGUGACACACAGCUUUAAUAAAAUCAAACUAGUAGUGAUGCAAAAAGCGAAAUGUGUAUGUUUUCUCGAUGUUUUGUUCUUCGAAUCUUCAUUCAUGUUUGCUCAGCGUUUUCUGAUUACAUGAAACUUUCCAACCAACAGCUUCCUGUUACCCACGACAAAAUCCCAGCUAUGCCCAAUUCCAUCCAGCAUGAAGUUUAAGAUGAAGUGAAGUCACAUAUUCCUCCCCCAUUCUGAAACCUUUCACAGAUCCUGGGGUUUUGUAAGGUGUCAGUUCACCUCCCUGUGUCUAAGCGGAGAUAAUGAGGAUGUGGACAGAAACUUUCCCUUCUGCGAUGACACCCACUGAGCCAUCGAAUUUCACUGGCUCAGAGUCCUCUGGGAUGGCUUUUACAUUUCAGCACAAUCCGUAAUCUUUGCUCCACUUGCUGUGCUGAAGACAGCAUACAGUACAUCCUGAGAGGAAACAGGCCAACAUUAAAAGCCUUGUUGAUCACGCUGCUCUGUUUUUGAAAUAAAUAUGAAUAUCUUGCCCAGAUGUAAUUAAUGCUGUGUUUUCCACAUCCCUUAUCUUUUGCUGUCAACAGUAGCAAUGCAGGAGGUGGACGUGACAGCAGACGUCUUGUGUCAUGAGAGCCUGAUUGAUAAUGUCAGAUGUACAUUCUUUAAGCAGCAGCUCUGUUGGGAGGGCAUGAAUAAUGAUUGUAUUGAUGAAUCUGUCCUCUAUGUGUGGUUUGAAUAGCUGGGUCUGUGGGGGAUAGCGACAUACAUUACGACAAAGUCUUUAAGUGAAGUUUAAAUUGAUUCUUGUGUUUUUUAUGUUUGAGGGGAGGGGGAUUAUGUAAAAUAAACAUUAAAAACACUGAGCCAUCUUCACUCAUUUGUGUGCUGGUGUACACUGUGGUAUUUGUCUCACAAGGCUUUUAAAGGGGUCAUCGGAUGCCCAUUUUCCACAAGUUGAUAUGAUUCUUUAGGGUCUUGAAGGAGUCAUAGUAUGCUUUUUCUCUUUUUCAACUUAUAGAAAGGGGUAAAGAUUUCACUAGAUUAAAAAAAAAUACUGGGUGGAUCUUUAUCAUUAUAGGGUGGUUGUGUACACACAUUUCCAACAUCCGUUGACCCCUUUAAAGAAUAAUUCAUUUAAGAGGUUAGCACUGCUAUAUUAGCACUUUUCAAUUAUAUUUUGGCAGGUAGAGAGCAUUUAUAUUGGAAUAAAUUGCCAUGUGUAAUUUCUGUUAACCAUUGUGUUUUCCAUUUUUGCAGUUUCAUAAAUAUAUAUUAAUUGUUUUACUGUUUAAAUAUAACACUGUUAGAAUAUAUUUACUUAUUAAUAAACAACAAAUAUGUUUACUGUAUACUGAAAAUAUGCAGAAUAAUA